GAGUCAGGCCGAAGCUCGAGAGUCGUCCAGGCGUUUUCGGCACGAAGCAGUCCCUUGGAAACCACCCUGAAGCCCGUCGUCGCUUCGCCUCUCCGUCGGCAUUUCACCCUCGAAACCUACACUCAUUCUGAAGCAAAAUUUAGACCCCGUUGAGACCAUCCGGUUAAGCCAUCCGGUCAUAAAGAAGAUCCGGCGCGGAAGAAGACGAGAUUAGGAACUGUUGAGGCGAGGGACACAAGCAGAGACAUGGACAAUGUGCAAAUGAUCGGCACUAAAAUCACAGCGAUCAAGGAAUACUUAUAUAACUUCGCACGAACGCAUUCGCCAACCAGACUAAUGAGUGCCGAAAACACUUAUUCGCUCUCUAAAGAGCACUGCAACUUGAAGUACUCGGACAUUCUGCCUCAUAAUGCAGAAGGUUAUCCGGCGACUAAAGAGUUCUUAAUGAAGGUGGUGGAUAUUCUGCUAGACUUCGUCAAAUCAACGAAUGAUAGAAAUGCGAAGAUCCUCGAUUUUCAUCAUCCUGCCGAUAUGAUGCGUUUACUCGAUCUAGAAGUUCCUGAUACCGGAUUAACCCUGCAACAGCUCCUACUGGAUUGUUCUACAACUUUGAAGUAUCAAGUGAAGACUGGACACCCACGUUUCUUCAAUCAACUAUCAUGCGGUCUCGAUUUAAUGUCUAUGGCUGGCGAGUGGCUAACUGCGACAGCAAACACGAAUAUGUUUACCUACGAGAUCGCUCCCGUAUUCAUUCUAAUGGAGCAUGUCGUUUUACAAAAAAUGCGCGAGCUUAUAGGCUGGAACUGCGGUGACUCCAUUCUCGCACCAGGAGGAUCUAUUAGCAAUCUUUAUGCCUUUCUCGCGGCCAGGCACAAGAUGUUCCCGUACUAUAAAGAAAAAGGACUCUCUGCUAUUGGAGGACAGCUGGUUAUGUUUACGUCCGAUCAGUGCCAUUAUUCUGUGAAAUCAUGCGCGUCCGUUUGCGGCCUCGGCACGGAUAAUUGCGUGAUGGUGCCUAGCGACGAGCGCGGUCGCAUUAUUCCUUCGAAACUGGAGGAAUUGAUCCUGGAGCGCAAGGCCAAAGGUCACAUUCCGUUCUUCGUGAAUGCCACUGCAGGAACAACGGUUAUUGGUGCAUUUGAUCCGAUUCCGGAAAUUGCUGAUAUCUGUCAAAGAUAUAAUUUGUGGUUGCAUGUCGACGCGGCUUGGGGUGGUGGACUGCUUCUGUCGAGAAAGUAUAGACAUCCGAGACUGACCGGCAUCGAACGAGCUGAUUCAGUAACAUGGAACCCGCAUAAACUUAUGGGAGCCUUGCUUCAGUGUUCCACUAUUCACUUUAAGGAAGAUGGGCUACUGAUCAGCUGUAACCAAAUGUCCGCGGAAUAUCUGUUUAUGACGGACAAGCUGUACGACGUGAGGUUCGACACUGGCGAUAAGGUCAUUCAAUGUGGGCGUCACAAUGACAUUUUCAAGCUUUGGCUGCAAUGGCGCGCCAAGGGAACAGAGGGUUUCGAGAAGCACAUGGAUCGGCUGAUGGAACUAUCGGAGUACAUGGUUCGGAAGAUUAAACAAAUGCCUGACAAGUAUUAUCUGAUCCUCGAGCCUGAAUUGGUGAACGUCUGCUUUUGGUAUUUGCCGACACGCGUGCGGAACAUGCCACACACCGCAGAGAGAAUGAAAAUCUUAGGCGAGAUAUGUCCAAUUCUGAAAGGUCGCAUGAUGCAAGCUGGCACGCUGAUGGUUGGUUACCAGCCGGACGAUCGACGGCCCAACUUCUUCAGGAAUAUUAUUUCCAGCGCCGCUGUAACGGAGGCCGACAUCGAUUUUCUCCUGUCUGAGAUGGAUCGAUUGGGCCAUGACUUGUAAGAAAUCUGUCCACACAUAGGCGUUAAUCGUACGAUGUGCAGCGAUUAGCCGACUGGUACACAUCAUUGGCAAAACUGCAUCCAUGAGUGCACUUUUCGUGACACGUUCUAAAAAUGUUACAAAUUCGGGGCUCAGGUUACAAAAUUCAGCUACCAAUACGAACGUAAGACAUACGAUGAAGUAGACGAUUUUAAUAUCACGAUAGGAGAAAACAUAAAAGUUGAAAAUGUUUUCGGUUUUAUUUUUUUUAAUCUUUCCUGCCAAAUAAAACUACAUUUCAAUAAUGUAAGUUAUUUAUUUUGUUUGAGUAAGAUUUCAUUUUUUAAAUUAAGAUUACAAUAUAAUUUUGUAAAUUUUAUUUUACAUGUGUGAAACUAUCAAAUUCAAAUUAAUUUAGUAUUUAAACUUUGGUCAAAUCAAACAAAGAAAACAUUUUUGGUAGUAUUCAUUAGACUGUUACGCAUUGGCCUAUAAACGUUCAUUCAUCGUUCUAUAAAAUGUUUUACAAUAUUUGGAAGAGUCGAUAUACUGUAGUUUAUCAGUAGAAUAAUUUAAUUUGGCAAUCGUAAAUCUUACCAUUAAAAAAAAGGCGAGAAUGUUAGUAAAGGGUUAUUAAUGUGUAGUUACACGCUUCUUUAUUGUGAGACCAGUUUGCAGCAGCUACCUGCACGUCGAAAAAAAAAAAAUAUACGUAGUAUAUAAGUUUUCUAGAUUUAAACGAAAUACACAGCAUAUCCAAGAAACGAAGUUAUAAAUCAAGUUACAAAGUUAAAGAUGCUUCCGGCCUUAAGCUACGCAGAUUCGUUAUUUUUUGCUCUGCUCGAUAAUAUUUACGCAAGUGAUAACAUUGUCAAUCACUCAUUAACCGAAGCAAUAAUAGUGUACAUCCGCUUUCCGAAUGGAACAGCCAAAUCAAAUUUUUUUAUCUCGAAACGCGGAUUAGGAUGUCGUUGUUCAAAAUUUGUAUCAAAAGGCUAUUUUUUAAUGUACAUGUUACUUUUGUGGAUGAUCGAAUUGGUUCUGAAAGAUUUAGGUACGAAGUUACAAGUGGUUGUUUAAAUUUAUAAAGGAUGUUUUCUUCUUGCGAAUAUUUUAUAUUUAUAAACACGUUACAUUAAAUAUAUUUAAUUUGUUAACGAUUUUUGUAUCGUUUAUUUGAUGAUUGUAUACCAUUUACUGUGUCUUACGCUCUUAUUAGCCUCCCUUCUUAUUCAUUGGUUAUCAAACAUCUCAAAUAUUUCUCAAAUCUUUUAAAUUACUUAAUUAUGGCUACAAAGCUAAAAUUGUUUGACAAGUUUGUUGAAAAUUAUGCAAAAUUAUUGAAAUCGUACAAAAAUGGAUUUCCACUCAUUCAAAUAAAAAUAUUUAUCGUAAUUUAAUCAAAAUCUGCAGUUUGUCCACUGAAGCGAAAGCAGUUCUGUUUUCGGAUAGUGUAAAAAUUCAUUUAGAAUGUAAAUUAUAAGCGCUGUGGCUAAUAUGUCGGAGUUUAAGUGUUGCUCUGUCCCCAUUGUACGAUUUGCAACGAAUCGUCAGCCAAUAGCUACGGAAUAGAGAAUUUCUAUCGCCGUGGCGUUAGGGAUAGAUAGCAAAAAUACUACAUUACUUUUCCAUAGAAUAUAGAUUUAACAUCGGGCGUUAUUCUGUUGGGAUAUUGACGGAGUUUAUAAUUUAUCGAUUGUUUGCGAAAAGACAACGUUAUGGACUUCAUCUAUAUUAUAUACAAAAAAUAUAUGUAUAUUAUAAUUUACUGUUAAACAGUUCUAAUCGAAAGGAGAGUACUAAUAUAUAUUUAAUAUAGAUAUAUAUAUAAAAGUAUAAAUAUAUAAAUAUAUCAAAGCAUAUAUUAUAUAUAUAUUUAGUGUUGAAAUUUUAAGAAUACAAAACACAAACCCAUGAAAGUACAUGCUUUUUCAAAUAUUCGUGCGAACGAUUAUCACUGACAAUUAAGUCAACGAUUCUGUUAGAAAUUGAUUGUUUCAUUCAAAACGUCAUACAUACACUAUUGAAAGUAAUGAUUGCACGUCACAAGAGAUUGUACGAUGCAACAAUCAUUUUCAAUAUAUUCUAGAAAUCUCAUAUUGAUUCCCGAGAAAAGUGUAAUCUUGUAAUUUCUUGAAAUUUAUUAUGUAUGAAUAACUGAUUUCCACUUACAUCUUUGUAAUCGUUAUUUUACAUUAUACGAAUAAUUGCGUAAUAUACAUUACAAAUACAGUGAAUUUAUUGUUAUGAAUAACGACAAGCGUUUCGAUCUGUUCGACACUUGCAAUUCUAUAGAUUUCAAAUUCACUCGCCAAUACGGAGUAACAGAAAAAGGUAUUUAAGUAAGUAAUAUGAAAUAUCUAGAUGUAAUUAUACAAGAACUAUAAGUGUAUUUAUGUACACAUGCAUCUUCGGAUUAUAUCGCGUUUCUUUUUCUGCCGACGACUGCCGUGCCGUCGUGACAAUUAGCUUAAGUUUAGAUGAAUACAUUUAGAUGGGGAGCCGCAAUUAGUGCCGGGAUUAAAUUAAUACAGGAUUAAUCGAAGUAGAAAACAAUCGAUAUAUCCUGUUAUCUGUAAUUUAAUGCCAAAGAUGUUAUCCUAUGUAUUUAAAUGAAAGCGCUUGGUUGUUGGAUUAUAGCGGGUGAUGUCAAUUCAAUUUGAAACGUUUGUAAUGUGUAAAAUAUGAAACACGUUAUAUAUACAUAUAUAUAUACGCUGAACUCUGCCUCAAUGAGACAAAUAAAGACAAAAUUCAUUAAAAAGAAAGUAAUUAAGUCAUUUCAAAAUAUGUUCACAUUUUUAGGUAAAAAAAAGACUAAAAAAAUCUAUUUUUCUCUUUAGAAUGUAUUUUCUUUCAUACAUAUUUUUACAUAAAAAGUCAUUAAUAAAAAUUUUUAUUGUCAUUAAAUUUGAAUAUUUUUACAUAAUAAGCUAUUAAUAAGAAUUUUCAUUGUUAUUGAUUUGUGAUUUGCGUAAACAUGUAUCAAAGCUUUCAUAAAGCAACUUUUAAACAGCUAAUAUUGCUAAUUCGAAAUGCUGUUUAUAAGAUUAAAUUGUAUCUGUUGAUCCAGAGUUCAAGCAAUUCAUUUGCAAUCACUAUGCGUCAAAGAAGGGACAAAAUGUAUUUUUCGAGAAGAAAAUGAAUUAAACAAUUCAUCUGACCAGCAAACCGAUACCUGUAAAGAAGAAUUCUAUCGAAUCACUGUUAAUUAUUGUUCAUAAUUCUAUCGGCGUUGCGAGUUUUUUUAGACAUAGUCGUUGGCACUGCCGACAUAGUAAUCAAUGCUACUCAUAAACGAAUCUCUCUCGUGGUUAUAUACACGUCUUAUUAAUUCCCGUGUAAAUGAUCGUUUUUUAAGCAAAGAGUGAUAUAUUUGUACCGAAAGUAUACUCGUCCCUGUAGACUCCCAACCACUUUAUUUGCCUGUACAAUUAGCAAACGUACUGACAUGUUUUUGAUACCGCAUUUUUCUUUAGAAUGUGUAAAAAAACAUCUUUACACACAUUUGCGGUCGAUCUUAUGAAUAUUAACAAUUAAUAUUAGUAUUAAUGUAGCAAAGUAUUAAAAUACCGAUUUAUUAGGUAAAUUAUACUACUUGUACAAUUUAGAGAAUUGAGAAUGUUAUAUUAUUUUUUGUAGAUAAUCAGUGAAUCUCGUAUUAUAAAAGUUUGUAUAUAAAAUCCCAUUUUAAUGCGUGUGAAUAUUUUACAUAUUGUUGGCGCGAUAUAAAAUUUUAAAUAUAAACUUCUUUUAAAAUAAACAUAUAUAUUAUAUUUAAUUCUUACAUGAUAUUAUGCACAUAUAUUGCAUGUAUUCAAAUACUAUAUAUACAUCUUCUAAAAUGCAACAAUUUAUAUUUUGUAGUGCAUUCUUACCAUAUGCCAUCUCUUGCACUCUAUUUCAUAUGUUAUAUUGUACAUUACAUUGGAUUUUAAUCAUCUUCUUAAAAUUCUUCUUAAAAGCCUUAUUUGAUAGUCUACAUCGACGAGAAAUACGCAUAUACGUAAUCGAAUAAAUCUUUUACUUCGAUUGUGUUAACGAGAUAGAUCAUCUUACCGAUAAAUAUGUCAUUAAUAUAACUAAGUUCCUUUACUGGCGAUUAAUCGCGCCGACUUUAGAAGUCGUCUCAUUAAUUAUUAGUCUAAUUAUUAGUCUAAGUUGAUAACGAAGCAAAGCAACAACAAAGUCCCACGUCUUCCAAACGAUGAGAGUAUUGAUUAGUCUUUAGUGAGAAGAUCUCGAAAUAUACUUUCGAGGAGAAAGCUGUCCUUGUAUACUGUAAUGAGAAAUACAUUUAUAUAUACAUAUAUAUAUACAUAGAAAAAAUAUAUAUAUGUACAUGCGUGUGCGUAAGAUGUCGUUGAUAUGUGAACGAGAAGCGAAAGUUAAGAGUAUGUGCGGCGAUGUAGAGAUGUUUACUGACACAUAACUAUGUUGUUCGAAUACCAUCUACACCUAAUUGCCCUUAUUAUCCACUGUAUAUCAAUGUCUAAAUAAACUGCUGUUAUCCCAAA